ACCAUGAACGUAGAUCCCCUGGACAGCUUGCAGACGAUUUUUUUCACUUAACUGCUAGAACGAGGCUCGGGACCUCAGAACUUCCGGUUAAGCCUAGCGAAGGACUUCAAUGGCUAUGUCAGUAAAAUCUGCAAGAGUAACGACAAUAAAGAAACGAACACACGGUGGUUUAUACUGCUGCAUGGCAGAAUGCCACUGUGCGAGUAUCAAAUCUUUCGGUUUAAGCUUUUUUUCGCUUCCGCGGGCAGGAAUAUCGACAGAUCAAGACAAGUGGCGAACGGCUCUCAUUCAUGCAAUAAACCGUUCAGACAAAAAUUUCAAUCCAUUGACAGCCAAGAUUUGUUCAAGGCACUUUGAAGAAGAAUGCAUUAAAAAAGGACCUUCUGGAAGAAUUGUGGGACUAGUUCCUGGGAGCAUGCCAACUAGAUGGAUGCCUAAAAAAUCCUUUGAAACUCCCAAAACAGCUAGACCCAAGCCUAAGGUGCGUGAGCCCCCUGUCGUGCCAGUUCGUAUUGCCUACACCAGCUUCAUGGACAUGAAGAAGGAUUUGACACAUCUGCCUCCUGAGUGGAUUAUUAUGAAAAAUUCUGAUGAUGCUGUCGUUCUUGGCUUGUUGUCAAGUAAAACUGAAGAAGUGUAUGUGAAGGUGAGCUUGUCUGCAACAACUGGGUUACAGGCAAAUGUGAGUGUGUUUCAAAUGCCUGCACCAUGGUUUGCAAGAGACAUUGAAAUGGUUAGGCUGAAAAUAUUUUUGAAAGAAUUGGGUGAGAAGACUCUCUGCACUGCUGUCACUGAAACUGAUCUGCAACCAUUAGCUGAAAUUAAAAUAACUGAUAAGAAGUAUUUCCGACACAUUACAUAUGUCUAUGAGAAUGGUAAGCUCUGCUCUUAUUCCUGUAUAAGGGCAACUACCUGUUCACUGUUGGUGAGUACUGCAGAAGCAACAUGCAAAGAUUGUUUAUUAGUCAAGAAGACACUCUAUGAAAAAAAAAGCAGACAAGAAGCACGUUGCCAAGAAGCAAUAAGACCAAAUGACUCUCUCCAAGGUAUCCCUUAUGACAAACUGAAGGAAGCAUUUAAACAAGUCCGCAAAGAUAAGAGUAGGCUGGAGAAGGAUGUUGCUAAGUUUCAAAAACAUUUAAAACAGGAAUACAUGGACAUAGACCCUGACAUUUCUGAUAGUCUGAAAGAAAUUAAUUGCUUGGACAUUGGAGAACCUCUGCAGCAACUGUUCUGGGAAGAACAGAAGAAAGCAUUUGCAGCAGAGGAUCAUGGCCACAGAUGGCACCCCAUGAUGCUAAGGUUAGCAAUCCUUUUGCACAGCAAGAGCCCAUCAGCGUAUGAAACUCUCAGAAAAACUGGAGUUUUGAAAUUACCAGGCUCAUCAACUCUUAGAGAGUACACGCAUAUAUAUGAAGCUUCUGCAGGAUUUCAGCCAGAGGUUGCCGAAGAAUUGAAAAAGGCUGCCGUAAAACUUGCGCUAAAUCAGCGCUUUGUUACUCUGCUUCAUGACGAAAUGUCAAUCAAAGCAGAUCUUGUUUUUGAUAAGAGAAGUGGAAAGUUGGUUGGGUUUGUAAAUAAAGAUAAGUGGCAAUUUGACUUCAGCUAUGUGCCACACAAACUUGCAACUCAAGCAUUAGUUUUUUAUGUUGUAGGGAUAAAUUCUCAUAUAAAAAUGAGCAUUGGGUUUUUUGGUACUCGGUCUGCAACUGCCGAUGAAUUGUAUCCUCUUUUCUGGCAGGCUGUGGGUGUCGUAGAAGGCUGUGGCCUCAAAGUUAUUGUGUCCACUUGUGACAAGGCACCUGCCAACCAGCGUUUUCAACAGCUUCACGGUGAUGCUGAUGACCUAUGUUAUAAGACGUUAAACGUCUUUGCCCCCGAUCGUUACAUUUAUUUUUUGUCUGAUCCCCCACACCUUGUCAAGACUGUACGAAAUAAUCUAGCAAGCAGUGGAAGUAAAAGGUACAUGUGGAAGGAUGGUCAUCACCUGCUUUGGAAACAUGUAGCAGACCUAUAUUAUGAAGAUAUGAAAAAUGGGCUUAGUCGAACAAAAUUAACAUAUAACCAUGUACAUUUAACACCACAUUCAAUGAUGAAUGUUCGCCUUGCUGCACAAGUCCUGAGUAAGCAGGUGGGCUCUGUCAUGAGGCAGUAUGGAUCCCCUGAUGCCGUAGAAACUUCAAAGUUUAUACUGUUGAUGGACAGAUUUUUUGAUUGUUUGAAUGUCCGCCACUUACAUGAGGCAGAAAGAAAGAAGAAGCCAGAUCUUUUGCCAUACACAUCCCAUGAUGAUCCUCGAUUCCAGUUUUUGAAAGAAUUUGCUGAAUACCUUCAUAGCUGGAAAAAGUCUGUUGAAAAUCGCCCUGGUAACUUUACUUGUAGUGAACGGCAAAAAAUGUUUUUGUCACUACAGACCUACAAAGGUCUUGUGAUGACAAUAAAAUCUUUCAUUGAAGCAUCCCAUUAUUUGUUGGCUAAUGGGGUAGAUUUUCUCCUGAGUAAUAAGUUAUGCCAGGACCCACUGGAAGAACACUUUGGAAGGCAUCGAAGCAUCGGGCGUACUGAUGAUAAUCCCACCCUACAUCAGUUUGGACACCAGGAAAUUAACAUUCGGCUCCAGAGGACCUUGGCACUAGCAAUUCAACCACGCGCCAACCAACAAAAUGAAAAUGUACAGCCAACAAUUACAACAAGUCCUUUAAAGAAAAAGAGAAGAAAUUGAGCAGAUGUCAAAAUAACUUUUAUUAUUU